UCUGGGAGAGUAUGCCUCAUAGGCCAUACUGGCGAACAGCUGCGGAAAAGACGAAGGCAAAGAACAAUAGGAAGCCCUCAUCAAACGAGGACGAACAAGGCCAACAAGACGAUCAUGAACAAGAAGAGGGCGAGCCUUUAUACGUUUUUCUCACUGGCUUGCAAGAAGUCGCGCCACUUUCUGACGGUAGCGGAGAAGACCAAGGAGAGAAAGCAGCUAGGUCUACAAUGGGGUCAGAUGUCGCAACUAUUUUCGGUUCACAAGCAUGUCUUUUUGGCAGUUACGAGAAAGACGGCGAAAUCGUCACUGACUUUACCAAAAUGCAUCCAUUCUUAAGCUCUCUUGUGUUUUCCGUCUUCGAGCCUAGCGAAACAGUAGGCGAAUUCAAGAACAAAGCCUCUCACGAGGAUGAAGCACUGGAGCAUGACAUGAAGACGCGGGAACACGAGAAAAGUAAGAAAAAUCAAAAAGGAAAAGCUGUGGAUGUAGUCUUACCCUCUUCCGAACAAUCUGUAUCUGACGAACUACAAGAAGCAGGAGGCCCAAGCUUGCAAUUGCAAGCAGGUUGGACGAAACGAGAGCUUUGUACCUUAGAUUACGCUGUGGAGGACUGGAUUGCGCAAACCAGGAAAAAGUCUCAUGAGGAUAUUGAACUUGAAGGUGGUACAACCACAAUUGCAACUAGAAGUGACUCUAGCUCCGCAUCUUCACGUGUGCCGUCGUAUUACGUGUCCAAAGAGAUUCGUAGGCGUAUUCGCAGGCGAGUUCAACAAGACAUCGCAGCACAUGGACCGCCGCGCUCAGUUUUCCCCGACACCUUGCCAUAUGAUCCGACAAGGAACUUCUAUGCUCGAACACUGAAGAUUGCGGAGGAGGAACAUCCGGUGAGUCUCUUUGAG